AAGAUGGGACCAAAGGGGGCAUUAUGAUCGGUGCUGGAACAGGUACAACUGUCAUAAAUACCUUGUGCAUGCCCUGUAUACAUACCUCACUUACACCUGUAUACCCAUGUAUAGCUAAUUACUGUAAUAUACAUAUGUUUUUGUUAACCUGUUCCUUAUUUCUUCGGUUUAUAGAACACUAUCUUUCACAAUUAAUAAUUGCUUUUUUCACUUUAAUUUUAGUAUAACGACCUUAUAAAAAGAAUGCGGUCACGUCCUGAAGUUAAGAAGGCUGGGGAAUGUUUUCCUACACCAAAUACAGAAAGUGCUGAUGAAGAACAAGAAGAUAGUACUGAAGAAGAGGAAGAGGAAGAAGAAGAAGAAGAAGAAGAAAAUGCUUCACAGCUAAAUCAAAAACGAGUGGGGAAAACAGAUUGGUGCCUUUGUGGAAAUUGUACAGCAAUGAAUACACAAAAAGAAUCUACAUGCUGUCAAGAGGAACCAGCAAUUCAGGCUCUAAUACCUGACCAAUGUUCUUGCAUAAUUCAAUGGGAUCGUGUCACCAAUGAUAUCCUAAAUAAAGAGCGGGCUGACUGGGCCUAUAAAAUUACAAAUUUCAAACAGAAGAAGAAGCCCAAACAGGCUGCAUAUAUGCGGGGUAUAAGAAGAGCUGCAUAUCGCAGUUUCACCACUUGGGUCUAUGGAUAUCUUGGUACCGGAAACCGUAAAGUGAUCCCAUCAUGUAUCGUUACGGCCAUUCGAGCAGCCUUUCCUGACCCGAAAGGAAAAUAUGUCGGUUUCCUCACUGCCGGUGAUUUUUCGGCAGAGGAUAUGAUUUUUUACUAGUUAUAUUUACUAGUAAAUUAAUUUAUACUAUUGUAUUUA